CUGGUGCUCGUUGUAAAUGUCGACGUGCUCGAGAGUGUUGAUGACCAAGUCGCAGUGGUGCUAGAUGUGGUCAACGUGCUGGAACUUGAGCUCGUGGCGGACGUUGAAGUUGUGAUGGAGCUUGAAACGGUCCAGGUUGUGCUGCUAGAGCUGCUUGUGGUGCUAGAGCUGGUAGAAGACGUACUUGUGGAUGACGAUGUUGUUGACGUAGACGUACUCGUUGUAGCUGUACCGGUUGAGCUCGUCGAUGUUGUGGCAGUGAGUGUUGUAGAUGUCGUAGGGAUGAUGCCCAAGUCAAUCGGGGGCAGGUAG